UAUAGGAUUCUUUGUUCAAUUUCUGUGAAGAAUGUUCUUGGGAUUCUGAUUGGGAUAGCAUUGAAUCUGUAAGAGCAUCUCUAUUUUCACUCGAACAGCUGACUUCUGUUUCUGUAACUUGUAGCUGGACUGACUCCAAGAAGUUAGAAACUUACAUUUACUGAGUGCCAGCGGUGUCCCAGGCACUGUGCAUGAUUCAUUCAUUUAAUCCUCAGGACAAGCUGGUAAAGCUCGUCCCAAUACUCCCAUCUGUAGAUGUGGAAACUGUAGCUCAGAGAGGUUUAGCAACUUGUGCAACGUCACAGAUGUGGUACUCAGAUCUGAUACCCUAGCCCAGCCCAUCUUUCAAAUAAGAGUGGGCCGUUCAGUUUAUAACCAUGAUUGGCUUUUCUUGGAGGGGCAUUUAUUCACUCAUUCAUUCAAUAAAUAUUUAUUGAGAGCCUAUUGUGUGCUAGGUACAGAGCUAGGCCCUGUGGAUAAGACCCCCACUGACAAGCCCCUGCCCUCAUGGCGUGCCCAUUCCAGAUGGCAGAGGUUUCACCUCACAGGCCAAAUGCAGGUGGUAGCAGCUGUCUGUGACAUUAUCAUGAGAGGAUUCUGAGCCACCAUGGCAGGAAGGGGUGUAGUGGCUGAUCACUCAGGUCUGCCAAGGGUGCUGUUAGGGAGUUUCUGGGUGUAUGCUGCAUACUGGAUACUCAUGUUUGGGACUUUUGAAGAUUGCUCAUACAAAUGUCUAACAAAGAGAAAUAUAUCCUAGUCAGAGCACAGGUUCCAAUUUUCAUUUUGAAAAUAACCAGUGUAGAUCUGAUCACUAGGCCCUGCCCUCAAGGAACUUAGGGUCUAACUGGUAGCCUAAGGUACACAGAAUAGACAGUCUGAUGCAGAGCUCAGAGCUGGGGCAGGCCACAUGGAUGGGGAUGACAAGGGAGGCUUCCUGGAAGAGGAGCUCCGUGGACUUGGCUAGAUGGAGCGGGGACAGGGGGAGGGCACUUGAGGAGAAAGCAGCAACACAGGCAAAGGUAUGGACGGGUGAGGUGGUUGUGAGGUGGGGGCAGAAGUAGAGAGGAUUCUGGCCUGGCUGGGGUAAGGUGUUGGGGGGACAAGGCUAAAGGGUACUAACAGGGGGCGGACCAUGGAGGCCUCAGUGUCAGGCCUGACCCUCCCCAUCCCACCUCCCACCCUUCAUUAGGGAGCCAGUGAAGACCCUGAGCAAGGGCAUCCCAAUGAGAUAUUUCUUGGUGCCUGGAGUGAGGGGAGAAGUUAGAAAUGGGAAGUGGCUAUAACACCACGGAAAGGGAGCCCCUGCAUGCAGGUGGGGGUUAGGGGACCUGGGUCCCAGUCCCAGGUCUAUGCUGAUGUGCUAUGUGACCACAGGCACAUAGUUUCUUCUCCUUCUGGGCUAGUUUUCUUCUCCAUCUUCUCUUAAAGGCCCUUUCAGACCAUGACCGAGUGAACUGAGGUGUCUGUGUGUGUAUCAGGGGGCGUCCCUUGGUUCACUUAGGGUCUCUAUUUCCUACUCUUCUUUGGCCUCGAAGACCCGGCCUAAGGUGGGUCCACCCAUGUUUACUUCAUGCUUCAGGCUCAUGGGCUCAGCCACAGGGUGUGUCCAGGCCUCAGCUUCAAGAGGCACCGAUCGGUCUCACAAAAGAGAAAACAUGACCGUGGAGCCACUUCCGCUGUGUACUGUGAGAGAUGGACUUUGCCUGUCACAUCUACCUCCCAGGGAUGAUACGAGCCAUGGAGAUGAUGCCUCUGAGGUGCCCAGGGGGAACAGGCAGCACCUCCCAUGCAGGCAGGCGGAAGCGCUCCAUUAGCGGCAACUGCCUGUCUUGCUAUUGUUCUGUGAGGGCUCCUGUGUGGGACCCUCGGCUGUAAACUCCUCAGAGGCUGGCUGUGUCUCCUCCAUGGGGCUGAGCACCAGCUGGGCCCUUGGUCAGGAUCUGACACAUGAGGCACUUAAUGCAACUCUGCCCAGCUAGUCACGGGCACUGUGACGUGGGCCUGCCUGGCCUGGUGAGCAGCCCCGCCCUGGGCGGCGGCCCUGCGUCAUUCCUCAUGGGCCUCCCCAGGCACCAAGUACGACAAGCACCUCUGUCCAACCAAACCCACCACAACCCAAACUAAAUUCCUCCUCCUUUUCUGUUUAAUUUUAUAGGAUUCUUUUUGGGAUAAGUAAUACAUUCAAAUUUUUCAAAAUUUAAAAGGCACCAAAAAGCGUGCUAUAAAAAAAUCCCCUCUCACCAGCACGCAGCCCCCUUAGUUCCCCUUUCUGGAGACAACCAAUCUCAAUUCCUGUUUAAAACAAUUAAACUUAAUUUGCUCCUCCUCCCUUACAAAAAUCGUAAGCAUCCAAGGCAAAAACUAACUUCAAAACAAACAAAACAAAACCCCACCGCCUUGGAACCCACACAAAAGUACAAAUCAAAAGCCCCUCCUAGUCCCACCACAGCACAGAGGUCCCACACUUUAGACGUCCUUCCAGACUGUUUUCAGUGCACAUCCACUUUUCAAAAAAGGAAAACCAACGGAAGCCCAGGCUGCAAUAUUGAUUUUUCAGCGCCCUGCCAGCGUCUCAGGAACGCUUCCUCAUGGUCUCUUUCCUUAAGCACCUUGAACGGCUCUGUGAACUUCCACAGAUACUGGCUUACUGAACCAGCCUCUAGUGAUGGGCAUUUGGGAUUUCUAGAUUCCCCUCUUAUAAGCCACAAGGUGCUGGGCCCUGGGACCUCACUGCCUACUUAUUUUCUUGUAACAAAUUCCUAGAAGCAGAAAUGCUGGGUCACAAGGUUUGGCCGUUUUUGAAGACCCUGGAAACCCGUCAAACUCCCCUCAUGUUCAGCAGGACUGGGGGUCCCAUCCAAACCCACUUUCCUCAAGACCAAGAAGUCGGUUCACACCCUCCCGGCGGCAGCUAUGUGUGCCCCAACCCACCUCCACUGCUGGAGUAAGGCCGAAGUCCUCCUCCGGCCCCGCCACCUGCCUUGUUUACCUGGCCCAUCCCAGUCCUGGGUGAGUCAGCUGACCAGGGAGCAGGCGCCACCCUCCCCAGAGCAGGAACCCAGCUAGCACAAGGGCCACCUUCCAGGGAGGGGAAGAGACUCUCUGGGCAGCGGCUGGAGAAGGACGUGCAGCAGCAGCUGGCCUGCAGGGUGUUCCAAGGAGCAGCCAUGACCACCCUGUACCCAUCUCUGGAGGACCUGAAGGUGGACCAGGCCAUUCAGGCCCAGGCCAGAGCCGUGUCCAGGAUGCCCGCCCUGCCGGCCCAGGAGACAGCCAUCUCCCAGCCUUCAGCUUUGUACCCAAACCUGGCAGAAUUGGAAAAUUAUAUGGGUCUUUCCCUCUCCAGCCAAGAAGUCCAGCAGAACCUGCUGCAGAUUCCGGAAGAUGCCAGCAUGGCGGUCUCGGGCCCGUCGGCGGGCCUAGUGGUGGCGCCGGUGUCCGGGAACAGCCUGGGCGCGCGGCGUGCGGAGAUCAAGCCCGGGGUGCGCGAGAUCCACCUGUGCAAGGACGAGCGCGGCAAGACCGGGCUGCGGUUGCGGGCCAUCGACCAGGGAAUCUUCGUGCAGUUGGUCCAGGCCAACACUCCCGCGUCCCUCGUGGGGCUGCGCUUUGGGGACCAGAUCCUGCAGAUUGACGGGCGUGACUGUGCCGGGUGGAGCACGGACAAAGCCCACCGGGUGAUGAAGAAGGCAUCGGCGGAGAAGAUCGUCAUGGUCGUUCGAGACAGGCCGUUCCAGCGGAACAUCACCUUGCACAAGGACAGCAUGGGCCACGUUGGCUUUGUCAUCAAGAAGGGGAAGGUCAUCUCUGUGGUCAAAGGGAGUUCUGCGGCCCGCAACGGGCUCCUCACCAACCACUCUGUGUGCGAGGUGAAUGGACAGAAUGUCAUCGGGCUGAAGGACAAAGAGGUCACGGAGAUUCUGGCCAUGGCCGGGAAUGUCGUCACCCUGACCAUCAUCCCCACGGUGAUCUACGAGCACAUGGUCAAAAGGUUGUCCCCGACCCUGAUUCACCACACCAUGGACCACUCCAUCCCAGACAUCUAAAGCCACACGGGGGCAGCUCAGCCCUCCCACCCUCCUGCAGGAAAGGGCAGAGUCCUCAGACGACCUUGCGGAGGCCUGCUGCCUGGGGGUGUGUUCCAGUUGGGGCAACGUCGGAUCACGUGGGUCUCAUUCAUCCCCAGGCCUCCUGGAGCCUCAGACUCUGAACACACGGCUGGGCUGGGCAGGGCCCCCAGGCAGCCAAGUUUUUGCGCCAGUUUAAAUGCUGGGCACGUAGCCAACCCGCUAAACACUUCUAAAAGUUGCAGCAGGUCCCUUUCAAGAUUUUGCCUCUACCAGAAAAAUAGUUCCAUGUUUUGAGAGAACAGAAAUACAAUCUUUGUGAAAAUUGUUUCUUUUUCCUUUACUUGCUCUUUGUCACAAACCGUAUAUAGUUAUAACCCUUCACUUCUUUUGAAUAAA